GCCUCCUCCUUCCUUCUUCUUCUCCUCCUUCCCCGGCUGGCCCUCUUCUCCCCAUAUUGAUAUUGUUAUGUUCGGCCGGCGCUGCUCUUUCUCACUCGAUACUUCUCCAUGACGAGCCACUCCGCUCCCUCCAUGCGGGUCCUGAACCGGCCCAGGCCCGCCCAGGCUCCCUCUCUCCCUCCCAUUCCGUCGUCGUCGUCGCCCUCCUCCUCCUCCACCUCCGCCCAUCCAGAUCCCCAAUCCCCAUCUCAGGGCACCGUCGUGGUGGGCUUCAUCUCCCGCCGACCCGACUAUUCGGCCCACCUGAUCGACAGGGUGCUCGACUUUCCCGCCUUCGGCUCCGGCGGUCUAGACAAGAUCCUGCAAAUUGAUAAGGACGAAGUGAGGGAUUGGUUCAAGCACAGGAGAAUUAGUUACUACCAUGAUGAGGAAAAGGGGAUUCUUUACCUGCAAUACUGCUCCACACACUGCCCGGUCGUUCACGGUUCGUCGACUGUUGGGUCGGGCUUGGAUUCGCCCGAGGAGGAGCAAGAGUUCGGGGAUCUUCAGGGCAUGCUCUUCAUGUUCUCCGUCUGCCAUGUAGUCAUAUACAUCAUGGAGGGCUCUCGAUUUGAAACUCAAACCUUGCAGAACUUUCGAUUGUUACAAUCAGCGAAGCAUGCUUUGGCUCCAUUUGUUAGAUCUCGAACCAUGCCACUCUCAUCAUCGAGGCCUCCUACCUCAUCUUCGCGACCUACGGUGUCAAUGGUCUCUUCUAGCAGCAUUUCUCCUAGUAAAGGCAGGAUCUCUGGCCGUGGGUCUUCGGGUAUAUCUAUCAUGUCGGGUUUAGGUUCGUAUGCUUCUCUCUUUCCUGGCCAGUGUACUCCCGUGAUACUAUUCAUUUUCAUAGACGAUUACUUGGAUUCUACAAGUUCAGCUACUAGUUCUGAGGAAGUGACAGAAUCCUUGUCGUCCCUUAACAUGCCUGCUAAUUUGAGCGGUUUGCCCAGAUCAAGCUUAACAACUAAGGGUUCAGGUUCUGUAGUUAUGCUAGCACGCCCUGUUAAUAAGUCUGAGGGCAGUUUCAAGAAGAAACUGCAGUCAUCCCUCGAGACACAAAUCCGAUUCCUGAUAAAGAAAUGCCGGACGCUCUCAGGAUCUGAGAAUGGUCAGCCUGGGUCGAGAAGUGCAGGUGCCUCUAGCUCAGCGCCACUGUUUUUGCUCGAUACAUCGAGGAUAGCCGUUUUACUAGAAAGAGUGACAAAUCAGAGAGGGGAGUCUCUUGAAUUCGCGACAGGACUGGUGGAGGAUGUACUGAAGGGAAAGGCAACAUCGGAUUCUCUCUUGCUUGAGAGCUACCAAAGUCAGAAUGCAAAUAAGGAAGAUACAAUAUCUAUAAGGGAGUUCAUUCACCGGCAAUGUGAUGUCUUGAGGGGGAGAGGUGGCUUGAUGGGGACUGCCAAUGGUGGCGGUGGAAUGGUUGCUGUUGCUGCUGCAGCCGCUGCUGCUUCAGUGGCCUCAGGAAAAGCAUUUGCUGCUCCCGAGCUUCCGAGCCUUGAAUUAUGGCUCUCCAUGAGCGAGGUUGUUCUCCAUGGAAUUCUCACCGGAAAACGUGGAUUUAAAGAUGAUAAUGAAAUCACCAGGAGAAAAUCCAGGCAGCGCAAUGUCAGUCCCCCUCACCGAGGUCCUGUAACUUCUAGUGGAGCAGAGCCUCAAGAUAUUGCAGUGUCUUGGUUAGAACGAGGAAAAGGGCUCAAUGCUAAGUUCUCGACUUCGUGGUGCCAGAAAGCGCUACCAAUGGCCAAGGAGGUCUACUUGAAAGACUUGCCCCCUUGUUAUCGGACUUCUCAGCACGAGGCCCAUCUGGAGAAGGCCCUUCAUGCUUUCCACUCAAUGGUCAAGGGUCCGAGUGUGCCACAUUUUGCGAAACUAUUGGAGGAUGAAUGCAGUUCCAUAUGGACGGCAGGGCGACAGCAGUGUGAUGCCAUGAGUUUGACAGAGAAACCUUGUAUGCACCGUAAACAUAAUGUCGAGGAAGCUGGUUCAUUGCAUUCCAGUGGGUAUGUUUUCCUCCAUGCUUGUGCUUGUGGCCGCUCACGGAGGCUAAGAGAGGACCCUUUUGACUUUGAUUCUGCUAAUGUGACUAAUUGCUUCUCAGACUGCGACAAGCUUCUUCCUGCACUUGAAUUACCAGAUAUAAAAAUCACGGGGCCUAUUAAGCCAUCUUCAUGGAGUUUGAUCCGUGUGGGGAGUUCAAAGUACUAUGAACCUUCGAAAGGCCUAAUGCAGAGUGGUUUCUCUUCCAGCCAAAAAUUUCUUCUGAAAUGGACAAUUUGUCUAGACAAGAAGCAAAAAACAGGUAAUCAACAGCCACUCAAUGCUGAUGAGCAGAAUAAUCUAGUUAGGUCAGGCAGAAAUUCUAUUGUAGAACUAAAUGCAGCUUCUAUGAUAACAAGGAAUCCUGCUGAGAUAGUGAAGUCUAGGAGUUCCCGACCUGGUACCCAGGACACGAGACCAGCAGAGAAUGUCUUUUCUGAUGAGAAAAAGAUUAGUUUUGGAAGAGGACUUCCCAAUUUUACAAUGAGAAAACCUUUCUCGGAGGUGGUUGCAGGAUCAGCUGCUGCAGAUUUGGCCUUUCCUCCCCUCCAGCAGAGGAAACCACCUCAGUUAGUUUCUGAAAAUGGAGCUAAGCAAAGCACUGCAGUGGAUAGAAAAAGUGAUCCCAAAGAAGCCAAUAAGCUAAAAGAUAAUUCUUCUGAUCAGGAAACUUCAAAUAGGAACCCUCCCAAUGGUUUUCAGACCGGUGACCCUUUUCUAAGGAUAGGCAGUAAUAUAGUUCCCGUAAACAUGAUUCCUGGUGAAAAUAUUGAAUUGGACACUUCGCCAGAGCAGGUAGUUGCCUAUGUUGGUUUUGAGCAUGAGUGCCCUCAUGGACAUCGUUUUCUGUUGACCCCAAAGCAUCUCAAUGAACUUGGAUCUCUGUAUUCAUCCCAUGAAUCCAAUGUAGCAUCAUUAGAGACUACUCUGGACUCUACUCAAGCACAUCCUCCGAGGUCCGGUGGAAAUGGAAGUCGUGAUAAAGUUCAUUCAGGCUCAAGUUCUUUCAGUAAGAAGAGGAGGAAUAUGAACAAGUCAAGAGGGACCUCAAGCAAUGGUCAAAUUUCAAGACAAGAAAAGGAAUAUAGCCGGUCUGAUAGUAUGUCUGGACUUUCUUCUGAACUAGGGGAAGAUGUUCAGGAGAGUCUUAGCUGUCCGCCCCUUGAUAAUAGUGGGAGUGCUUUCUGUAUGUUGAAUAGAAACUUGCCGAUAUAUAUGAACUGUGCAUUCUGCAAACAUUCGAAGGACAAUGCGAAGGCGAAAUUUGCUGGCACAGUGUCUCAACUUCAAAGAAUUUUCCUGGUCACUCCUCCUUCCCCAGUCGUAUUAGCAGCAUCCCCAGCCAUCCAAUUCAAGGCAUCAUGCCUACCUUCAGCUGUUCCUGCGGUCAAGCAAAGACUACAGUUUAGCCUGGGGUGUCAGGUGAUUUUACCUCCAGAGAGCUUUCUUGUAAUUAGACUCCCUUUCGUCUACGGUGUACAGCUGGAGGACCAAACCCUACAUCCGCUCAGUGCUUUAGAACACCAGCCUGAGCAAACUGCAUGGAUUGAAAAGGGUACAGCAUUGUUUCUAACGUCCAAGGGAGUUGGUCUCAAUGAUGGAAUUUCCACGUAGAUUGAGUUGACUAAACCUCAAGUUUUGGCUACUGGAGCUAUUACUUUCAUAGUCAUCUGGGGCGCAUUAUUUGGAUGGGGCAGAAAAUAGUGGUUGAAUGAAGAGUUGCAUGUAUGACUUCAUCGAUAGCUUUUGAAAUGACUGAGCUGCGGUUGGAAAAUGGUAAAGUUACGAGAAGGAAUUCGUGUCCAUCAGGACCUCUUUGUUGUCGUCGGUCUUCAGAGUGAAGCUCCCCAGUACCUAAGUUCUCAAUUGGUGACUAGAACUUGCUGGAAGCUGGAGCUAAGCCAAGAUCCACCUAUUCGAGCUUUGGACCAAUGGAAGGGAUUCACAAAGCCAGUAGCUGUAUAUACACAGGCACAAUGUAUUUGAUAUCAUACCUAUGAUCACUGCUCAAUCUGAAAUUAGAUGAAUUGGAAGAUGUUAUGUCGUGAGUAGACAUUUCGUACGAAAUCUCGGUCAGAGCUAUUCAAGUGUUUUUCCGGGUUUAAGUUGGUGCAGUCGGGAGAUAUAUGAGGUUCGGUUACUAAGACAUCUUCACUGCACCGCACAGGCCUUAUGAUGAUGGAGAUAUAUGAGGUUGGGUUACUAAGAUAUAUGUGGUAUCGAGUCUGUCUUCCUGCAUUCAUCUAAGAAGAUCAACAGCCAGUUUUGCAGUGUAUCAUAAUGGCAAAAUAUCAGCGAAAUAUCUCCA